AUGGCAGGGGAAAUCGGGAGCACCAAGACGGGCAGUCAAUAUGUCGUUCACGAUGUUGAGACAGGUCCAUCAGGAUCGGGAUCGGGAUUGGGGUCGCAGCAGGAUCCUGAUCUUGGGGGUAUCGUCACGCAGCAUGAACAUCAGAGCUUGGUCCGUGGUCUAGGGCAGCGCCAUAUUCAGAUGAUCGCUAUUGCGGGCGCGAUUGGCACAGGUCUUUUCCUCGGAUUGGGUGGCUCGAUUGCUACCGGUGGUCCGCUUGGAGCCCUACUUGGCUACAUGUUUGUCGGCCUAGUCGUCUGCAGCAUCCAAUUUGCGCUGGGAGAGGUCGCGGCCUUGUUGCCCGUCACUGGUUCAUUUGUCCGCCAUGCAGAAAUCCUCGUUGACCCUGCGCUGUCAUUCGCAAUUGGCUGGAACGUCGUCUAUGGGUGCUUCCUUAGUGUUCCCAGUGAAAUUUCCGCCAGUGUGGUGUUGAUUCAAUAUUGGACCGACAUCAACGCAGCGGUUUGGGUCAGUAUCCUCAUUGUGGUAUCCGCAGUCGUCGCCUUCUCGUUCAUUCGCGUCUACGGUGAGGUCGAGUUUGUUUUCGCCAUUCUCAAAAUCCUGUUGGUCGUUUUCGUGGUGAUUCUAGGCCUCGUCAUUGACCUGGGUGGUGUUCCAGGGGUGCCUCGCAGAGGUUUCCAUUACUGGAAAGACCCUGGCCCAUUCGUCGAGUAUAUCUCAACUGGAUCAUGGGGUCGCUUUCUAGGAUUCUGGGCGGUCAUGACCAAUGCAGUGUACUCGUUUGCGGGCGUGGAAUCGCUGGCCAUGGCAGCCGCGGAAACCCAGAAUCCGCGUCACAAUAUUCCUAAAGCAUGCAAACGGGUUUUUGCGCGUGUUUCCAUCUUCUACCUAGCCGCAGUGUUGGUAGUAGGUAUGGUUGUUUCCAGCGCCGAUGAGCGUCUUGGCUCGGAUUCCGGCACGGCGGCUACAAGUCCCUUCGUCAUUGCUGCCAGUGAUGCCGGCAUCAAGGCCAUUCCAUCGGUCGUGAACGCAGUGUGCUUGUCUUCUGCGUGGUCAGCCUCUAAUCAGAGUAUGCUAGCCGGAACAAGAACCCUGUACGGUCUCGCAAUCAAAGGUCAUGCCCCCAAAAUCUUCCUUCGGACAACGUCAUGGGGUAUCCCAUACAUGUGCGUCCUGGCUCAGGUCCUCUUCUCUUUCCUAGCCUACAUGUGCGUCUCCAACGAUGCCAUGGAUGUUUUCUGGUGGUUUGUUGAUCUGACCGCUGCUGGUACCCUGGUCUCGUGGAUCGCCAUUUCGCUGAACCAUCUUCGUUUAUUGAAAGCCCUGGAUGCACAAGGUAUCCCAGCAUCUGAGCUGCCGUGGCAUAAUCGAAUUACCAGAUACACCACUUGGUUCGCCCUGGUCUCCUGCACUGUCAUUCUAUUCACAGGAGGCUUUGCAGUUUUUACAACAGGAAACUGGGAUCCUGCUUCCUUCGUUUCGUCAUACCUGGACAUUCCACUGGUCCUUGGUGCAUACGGAGGUUACAAAUUAAUCCGUCGGACUGAGAUCAUUCCUCUGAAAUCGAUCCCCAUCCAAGAGGCAUUGGAUGAAGCCGCUAACGACCCUGAAAAUGUGCCAAUCAAGGGAGACAGCGUCUGGGCUAAGAUGAACAUAUUUUGGGGCUAA